AUGCUAAGAAAUGGUGUACCGUUUCUUUGGGGGGUGGGGAUUCUGUACCAGACCAACAAAUGGCUUUCGAGAUGCUAUCUCAACGCACUGACGGGAAAUUCCGCAUGGGAUUGGAAAAAGGAAAUUGUGAUCCUUACCGGGGGAUCCAGCGGAAUUGGAGCUGCGGUGGCAUCGCGCUUGGCAAAGAAUGGCACCAAGGUCAUUAUCCUUGAUAUCCAGCCUCCCUUGGAUGAAACAGUGGCGAAUGUGUUUUUCUACGCAACCGAUAUUUCUUCUUCGACUGCGAUUGAGCAGGUGGCAGAAGAUAUCCGCCGACAACAUGGCGAUCCCUCCGUGCUCAUCAAUAACGCGGGCACUGGAAACAGCAAGCUGAUUAUGGACCAAUCAGCAGCAGAGACGGAAAGGAUCUUCAAUAUCAACAUUCUCGCCCACUUCCAUCUGGUGCGACAAUUCUUACCCGCAAUGGUUAAGCAGAAUCACGGCCAUGUUGUGACUGUCGCGAGCAUGGCGUCCUUUGUGACCCAAGGUAAGAAUGUGAGCUACGCAUGUACGAAGGCGGCCGCUUUGGCCUUCCACGAAGGGCUCGGGCAGGAGAUCAAACACCGUUAUCAUGCCCCGAAGGUCCGCACAACGAUUGUUCAUCCUACACUGACCCGCACUCCUCUCGUCGAGCAUGUAACCCGAGAUAGCCAGUCAAGGAGCUUUUGUUUGGAACCAGAAACCGUUGCGGACGCCAUUGUUGAGCAGCUGUAUUCAGGACAAGGCGGACAGCUCAUUCUACCCGCUCGAUUCUCCUUGAUUACUGGAAUUCGAGGCUUUCCCUCCUGGCUUCAGGAGCUGAUUCGUGACGCUCUAACCUCGAGUCGCCAGUCGAAGGCCUCCUAG